GAGAACCAAAAGCACAUCUUCUUCCGGUCGUCACCGACAUUCAGCAGUUGGACCACAGCCCGUCUACGGAGAGCCUCGGCACUCUAUUGAGCCCCAUUGUAUCCAACUUGGUUGCAGUUCAGAGGACCGAAAGCACGUCUUCUUCCAGUCGUCACCAAGUGAAAUGAGCGAGCAGCAUCCAGGAGAGAAGAGUUAUGAUCCGGGAGACACCACUCUUACAUUUGUCAACAGACCAGAUGACAUAAACCCGUACGUGCGUUUGUCUCCCUUCUCUAAGCAUCUGAGCUCAGAGCGAAGAUGUCUUGCGGUCACGCAGUAACGCCAGAAUCUCUGACCCGGUGGUGUCGCGCUUUGCUGGGCAAGGGCCAGUACACAUUUAAGUGCCCUGCACCCACGGUGGGCACGGAGCAGUGUGGUGCUGAGUGGCCCUACACAGAGGUCCGCCGGCUGGCCGCACUGACAGCAGCAGAGAUGCUGGACUUUGAAAUGGAAAUGGAACGUCUAGCCGCCGCAGGGUUUUGUGACUUUAAAGCAUGCCCUGGCUGUAAAACCUACGUGGAAAGAGAAGCGUUAGACAAUCUCUGUUUCCAAUGCACUAUCUGUAAAGAAAGCAACAAGCCCACCAAGCAGUUCUGCUGGCAGUGUCUGAAGCCGUGGAAGGGGAGGGCGCCGCGCAGCGACCGCUGUGACAACGACGACUGCUCGGACAAGGAUCUGGAGCUGCUGAAAGGGUGUGGCACCAUCACGCUGUCCGAUGUGAAGGGGGUGGGGCCCGUCCCUUCCAUCCGGGCCUGCCCCACCUGUGGCAUGAAGGUGGAGCACAACCAGAAGGCCUGCAAGAACAUCGUGUGCCCACGCUGUGAUGUGGAGUUCUGCUUCGUGUGUCUGAAGCUCACCAGGCAGUGCCUUCAGACCAGCUCCUAUUUCAUAGCGUGCAGCAGCGGCAUCGCACCGAGGCAGACCGCCAUGCCAAUAUGGAACAGAGAAUAACACGGUUUGAUUUAUCAUUCAUGUUGUCGACACUGUGCCUUAUAAGAUUGUUAUGACAAUAAAAAAAAAUUGGAAUGGUAUGGUGAA